GCCUGCCUGGGGUUCUCGAGAAAAGUCAAAGAUGGACAAGGCCCUUGUUCAAUCUGCCCACUCGACCCUCAAUGCUUAAUCGAUGUGCGAUCGUGCAAGCUUGUAAUUCCCCCAUUUUAAUUUUCCUUUAAAGAACCAUACUGCCCGAGGACCUGAUGAACAUGCAACACUGCAACCUCCUUUGCUUGCCUGAAAACUAUCAGAUGAAGUAUUAUUUCUAUCAUGGACUCUCCUGGCCACAGCUCUCCUACAUUGCUGAAGAUGAGAAUGGCAAGAUUGUGGGCUACGUGCUGGCAAAAAUGGAAGAAGACCCUGAUGAUGUCCCUCAUGGACACAUCACAUCUCUGGCAGUCAAGCGUUCCCACCGACGCCUGGGCCUCGCUCAAAAACUGAUGGACCAGGCCUCGCGUGCCAUGAUCGAGAACUUCAAUGCCAAAUAUGUCUCACUGCACGUACGGAAGAGUAACAGAGCAGCGCUUCACCUCUACUCCAACACACUCAAUUUCCAAAUCAGUGAGGUGGAGCCCAAAUACUACGCAGAUGGGGAAGACGCAUACGCCAUGAAGCGGGAUUUGACACAGAUGGCAGAGGAGCUGCGGAGGCAGGUGGACUUGAAGGAGAAGAGCAAGCACUCUGUGCUGGGGUCCAUCGAGAACAAGGGUGGCGACCACAAGGCCAACCACGUAGGCGAGUGCUGUCGGGACGACAAAUGCCCGGGGACCGUGGUGGGCACUGGGCCUGGGGCCGAGGACAGCGGGGACAGCAAGGAUGUCAGCGAGGUCAGCGAGGCCACAGAGAGCACGGACAUCAAGGACAGCUCGGAGGCCUCCGACUCUGCCUCGUAGCAAGGGCUUCUGCUGUGCCUUUUGCUCCAGCCGGAGGACUUCUGGUCCUUGCUUUGGCUAGCGGGGUAGCCCUCGCAGCAGGAUUGGAAAUAAAGCUUAUAGAACCGGA